AUGCGACUUUUAAAUGUACGCAGCCACCGACUUGAAGACUUCAUGGGCAGACCACCGGCCUAUGCUAUUCUCUCCCAUAUCUGGGAAGCUGAAGAGGUGCUCUUCAGCGACAUUAUCAGGGACUGCUCCCAGUACGAGAACAAGAAAGGUUUCCUGAAAAUCAAGUACAGCUGCCUGCAAGCCAUCAAAGACCAGAUGGACUACGUUUGGAUCGAUACCUGUUGCAUCGACAAGAGUAGCAGCGCCGAGCUCUCCGAGGCCAUCAACUCAAUGGACUCUGGAUGGACUAUCGAUGUCAUGGUCAAUCCUCAUAGCAAUAGCCAGCCCACAGCGACGAUGACCAUGACCCCAGAUCUUGGACCUCUCCUAAUGGCACAGAUUGGCGCGCCUUGCAAGUUUCUAGGAUACUAUCCCUUUGGAGCAAGCGGUGUUCAGGACGUUCAGGGGUGGGAUGGGUGGAAGCACAUCUAUUCAUUUCCCAGCCUUCAGUGCGACGCACUCGCCACCGCAAUACCGCAGCUGGGCCCUGCAGGCGCCGAGGGAAGUGGCAAACCUGAGUACUAA